AUGCAAUGCAAUGGCCACAACUUCUUCGUCACCAACAAUCUUUACGAAGUUUUGCAUUGUUUGAGAGCAAUCAGCGACUGUCGCCUCAUCUGGAUCGACCAAAUCUGCAUCAACCAACAUGAUCUCCAGGAACGAUCUCAGCAAGUCAGUAUCAUGAGAGAUAUAUACAGCCAAGCUGAGCUCGUCAAUGCUUGGUUGGGCGUCACAGACUCACCUGAGUCUGCUCGUGUCGUAGACAUGAUUUCCACCAUGGCAGCAGGUUCUUGGCCCCGAACUAUGAGAAUCGACGAACCCCUUGACGAUGAAGAGCUACAGAGUCUCGGCCUACCACCACAAAACUCUCCGACAUACAUGGCUCUCUCCAACAUGCUGGGCCUUGCAUAUUUUUCCCGAGUCUGGAUCAUACAAGAGAUCGCCGUUGCUAAAUCUUAUCGGAUCCUCUGGGGCGAGAUCACCAUCCCGGGGCAUAUCCUUUACCACUCUACUCCUGGCUGGCUACUGGCGCACAGUGCCUUAAAGUUGCCUGAUGCAAUUCUCGCGUUUAAGAAUGCUGCCAUGCUUCUCUUUGGGAAUCAUGUAGCGAAAGACUGGUACCACUUAGCCGUCAGAUUCAUGGAUUAUGAGGCGACAGAUCCUCGCGAUACGAUAUAUGCCCUUAUCGGACUUGCGGAUCAAACAGGGUACGACAUCGUGGCCGAUUACAGCAUGCCUGUUCUCGAGGUCUAUCGCGACUUUGCCGUCAAGAUGAUUUCUGUAACUAAGAAGCUUGAUAUACUUCAAUACAGUACGGUUCAAGACCUCGACGCGGAGAAGGUACCUUUGUGGGUUCCGGAUUUUCAGAAGGUAGCCAAAGAGCCGAUCUAUUUCUCCAGAACACAAAACGCAUCAGAAGACACCAAAGCCAUUGUGGCUACUUCUUAUGGCCACGAUACACUGUCCUUGCGAGGGGUAAGCGUGGAUAAUGUUGCUGUAAUAGUAAUGCCCGAAACACUAAUCCAAGAAUUAUGGGAGAGCGCCAAGCAGAGAUUCCGGCAGGUAGACCCAAGUCUCCCUGAUAGAAUGCUGCUGGAUUUACAGGGUUGGGGACCUACGAUUUGGAUUCUCAACGUGUUCAAGAUGGUGGAUGAACACAAGCCGGUAAUUUCUUGCCAAAACGACGGGGACUUGAUAACAUGGCUCCUCAAUUCUGUGACGGCUUGCUCGGUUCCGACAUCAAUGUUGACCGAUUUCUGGGAGUAUUUGGCAUUAGCUAUCGCCCGCUUCAUGUUGAUGCCCAACAAGAACAACGAGAUAAAACUCCUUAUCAAACUUCUUCGUCUUUUAGCGCAAGCAAGCCCCCCACCGCUGGAAUGGGAGUCGAUACUCGAAGAACAACACAAACAGGCGCUAAGAGCUGUGCUUGUAGAAAUCUACGACAACGAAGAUGAGAUCGACUCCGCUUUGGAGCUAAUAAAACUUCUACGCAUUAGACCACACAGAAAUGAUAACAGCUUCAAUGAUUCAGUGAAAGAGGAUCGCAUGUUCUUCAUCACGGAGGAUGGAUAUCUUGGUAUUGGGCCGAAGUCAAAGCGGCCAGGGGAUCACGUUUGCGUUUUGUAUGGUGGCCACACUCCUUUUGUUCUGCGUCCAGUGAGAGGUGCUGGCGAUGAAGAGUAUUUGUUCUUGGGGGAGUCUUUCGUCAAUGGCCUGAUGAAUGGUGAGGCUUUGGAGGAUGAAGGGGCAGUUGAUAAAUGGUUCCAUUUAAGGUAA